CCUUUCUGACUUCAGCCCAGCCUUAAUGUCUUUCUUGAAUCAGUAUGGCACACCAUUGAAGCCACUGAGAAACUCUUUUCUCAGUUUGACUAUAUAACCUACAAAAAACUGGACAAUACUCUGACGCUGUGUGUAUAUAAUAUAGUGUUGACUUUUUAAUAAUUUUAUAGUAAUUUAUGGAAUUGUGUUUUCUUCAAAGAGUUUCUCAAUAAAACAAGAUUUAAAAUUUUAUAUCUUAACUGGUUCUGUCAUUUUUUGUUAAUUAGAGUGCAUAAUACUUCGAAUUAAUUUUGUUGUUGCUGUUGUCAACUAAUUAUUAUUGAUUAUGCCAGCUAUCGUGACAGGACCUCCUCCACAAAGUGAACACAUAUGGCAAGCUUUGAAAACACAUAUAAUUCGUGAACGUCAAAGAAAAAAACAGGAACAAGAAGCUGAUGCAGAAGAAGAAAGACUAAGAAAAGAAAGAGAACGUCAACAAAAACAGGAUGUCAUGACGUUAGGCGAAACUAGAGAACAAAUAUCUACUUUAGAAACGGAACUCUCACAAUUGAAAGACGAAAAACAUCAAUUAUUUUUACAACUUAAGAAGGUUUUAAACGCAGAUGAUAACAGAAGACGACAGUUGACUAAAGAAGCUAGCAUAUGUCCAGAAGUAUUCACUACUGUAGGAAAUUAUUCAACUUCAGGAAACAACGUUGUUCAUCCUCAACUAUUUCUUCCUGUACCUCGACAUCCAUUUUACAAAGUAGCUGGUCCUUCAUCGUCAUCUCAUGGUGUCAUUCCUAAUGGUCCUCUUAAACGUGCUCACAGUCCUUCUCCACCUCCUUCGACGUCAUACCCUACUGUUUAUGGAUAUAAAACGUCACCACAGAUGCCUAAUUAUAAUCCUCCAAAAUCAGAAGAUGCCACAAGAAGAACCAGCGAUUCACGAGCAGUUCUAUGGAAUAAAAAUAAUCAAUAUCCUCCUUCGAGUUUUUAUUCGCCUCCAGCUAGUCAAAAUGUUUAUCAUUAUAGCGGACCAUCAUCACAAUCAACACGAGAAAUUGAGCAAGGUAAAUCGGUUUACUUAUCGAAUAAUCGAGGAUCACUAACCCAUCAAACAGCUUAUGUUACUAAUAUACAUUCAGUUGAUCAUAAAACUUCAUAUACAGAAGAUAAGUUUUAUUUACGUCCAGGAAAUCAUGUUACAGUACAUGGUGGAUCAAUACCAAUUCAACAACAACCUCAGGGAGCUAAAAGUGGGGGGAUUACAUCAGGAUACCCUAUAAGAACACCUCAACCUCCACCAGGUCCUUAUGCUCCGUCUGGAACUUAUGUAAGUGCACCUGCUACCAACAUCCCUGGACGAUUAUUGUACUCUCAAUCAAAUGCUCGAUACAUACAACGUGAUAUUUAGAAACAAUAUAUGAAUAUUGUUCUAUUUAUUAAAUUUUAUAACAAAUAAAAUCACAUCAGUAAUUUUAUGUAAAUUUUAAAUUAAUACUCCAUUUUUGCUAUAAAUACUGCGAAUUAAAAUAUUAAAUUUCAGAAUGAUAUGCUAUUUACCUACUCUGAUAGAACAUACCAAUUAUAACCAACUUUAAAAAAUCGAAUUUAAUUUAAUAGAAAUUCAACAUUUUUAAUUAUUGCAUUGUGAAUCAAAUUGAACCUAGAUUACGAAUGAAAUCAGUCGAAAAUUCCCUCUGCAAAAUUUCAAUUAAUGACAAUUGGUACCAUGGCAAAUCGAUUAAAUUGUAAUAAAAUUGUUUCUAUUAAACCUGA